CCGGGUUCUACACGUUUACAGAAAAAUAUAAUCUCUACACAAUUCGGUCUAAAUGAAGCUAUCAAAUUAAUUUGAUUUGGUCAACACGACUUCACUAUGAUGCAUGAGGCAGUAGAGAGUCUACAGACUGCAAUUAAAAGUAACAGAACAGACAUAGUUCGCUCAAUUCUGUCUGCUUAUGAGAGAGGUGAGAUUGAGGAAGCAGAAGGUGUUACCUUGCAUCAUGUUUUAAACUUUGUUGAUGAGGAAGAAGGGACUCUCUUGCACUUAGCAACAAAGUUGGACCAGCCUGAUACAAUUCGAACUUUGCUGUCAUCAGGCUCUGAUCCUGGGAUCCAUGACGAGGCUGGAAAGACCCCUUUUGAUUGUGCAACAAGUGCCAAGGUACAAGGGGUCUUCAAUGAGGAGCUGCUUCAGUCAAUUGCUACAUCUAAUGUAGGGCGUGUUUGUCAACUGGUAGCAGCAGGUGUUGAUGUUAACCUCUGCGACACACCCAAGAGUAGGAAUACGCCACUUCACUGGGCAGCGUCAUAUGGCAACAAAGAAGUAGUCCAAUGCUUAUGUGCCAGGAAUGCAGAUCCAAAUGCUGUGAACUCUUACGGAGCCACACCCCUACAUGAUGCCAUAAUGCGAGGGGACGUGGACAUAGUGGAGGAAAUCCUACUCUCAGGUGCAGAUAUACAUAAAAAGGCUACAUCAGGGAAAUUCUCAAAUAAAAGUCCUUCAGACUUGGCAUUUGGUAACUCAGAACUGGUAAAGGUGCUUGAAAAGGUGCAGCCCACAAAGGCAGCAUCAAGUCAACAAGUAAACGGUGCAAAUGGUGACUCUGAAACAUCUGGAGCUGAUUUUGACCUCAGGACUCCAAUCAGACGGCAAAGUAGCAGGGCUUCUAUAGAAUCAGGCAAAGAUCUCAACAAUGGGCAUCUGGGCUCAUCAUUUAUAGCACAGUCAUCUUCUGAAAAGUUGGAUGUCUUGAUGUCUAAUAGUUGCAUCUCUACCCCUCCGUCACCCCUAGUAACAGACAGCAGGCUCCACCUGGUGUGGCCCCGGCCUAAGAAAAUAAUCCAAAUUGAAGCGCCAUGUUUCAAAUGCCUCAAAGUCCUUAAUGUUUCUGUACUCAGCAGUGAAAAUAAAGAACACUAUCAUCAAAUAUGUGACCUUUGGGAGGUUCAUAAAAAUUAUCUAGUGACUAAAGGCCUCACAUUGAAUGUUGAAUUCACUUCGGGACUACAAUCCAUGAAUCAAGAGCUAUCUAUAACUUGCCAAGUGAACCAAAGAUUGUUUAAAUCAUCUGAAAGCUAUACUGUAUCAGUCAGACAAAAUAUGGUGCGAUUGCUGGCCAGUGAUAUGACUGGUAUGUUAUAUGCCAUCAAUACAUUUAUACAGCUGAUUUCUCUCUGUGAUGAUGGGGCUUCUGUACCUGCUUUACAGAUUAAGGACUGGCCCUGUUUAAAGGAGCGUAGUGUAAGUUUAGAUAUGUCAAGGGGCAGGAUACCAAAGUUAGAUGUGUUGUACAGCUGGGUGGACAGUCUGUCCUAUCUCAAAGUAAACCACAUUCAUCUCUAUACAAGGUUCAAGAAGCCUGUAUCCGGACCUAAUACCUGGCAGUUCUGUUAUAGUAAAAAGGAAUUAUUGGAACUCUCUCGCUAUUGCGCUGUACGCUGUGUCUGCCUGACCCCUGUGCUGGACAUAGACAGUAAGGUGGACUUUCUAGACCUUGGCUCACUUUAUGGAACUUUUCAGGAAUUUCUCAUGUGUUUUGCAAACUCAGGAUACUUAAAUAUAGGACCACGGCUGAGUAGUUUCCUCCUAGAUACUUUAGAAGAAGGCACUUUGUGUUUAGAAGAUGGCCUUAGAUUGCUCCCUAUAUCCAGUACAGAUACAGUGAGACUAUGUGCCCAUGUCUUUCACGACAACCUAGAUCUGUUAGAGCUCCUGCCUUCAAAUGUUGUCCUUAUGGAAUAUGGAUUCCAGGCUUACUAUGACUUCCAAAAGUUUGCUAAAGUUUACUCAGAAUCAAAUGUCUCAUUUUGCACAUGCCCUGGUACUGCUGCAUGGAACAGUAUUGGAGGUUGUCCAGAGGCUGCAGUGGCUAACAUUUCCAAUUCAAUUCAAAGUGCAAUAUCCCAUGAAGCUCUGGGAAUACUAAUCUGUGAUUGGUCAGGAAUAGGUCACAUGACACAUCAACCAAUCAGCUGGCCUGGAUUCCUGGUGGCUGCAGGACUCUCCUGGAAUUCUGAUAUAAAUAUUGAUUUCAUGCAUGCUAAUCUCGUGGAGCUGGUGAACAAUCAUGUGUUCUUUGAUCGGGGAUGUGUCAGCGGUCAGGUGGUCAUAGAACUAGGAAGAGCAGAGACGUAUCUACUGAGGUGCUCUCGUAAUCAACCAGAUAAUGAUAGUAGUAAUCUACCAGCAGAACAGGGAUCAAUUUUACACCAACUUCUAACCCAGCCAGACAUGGUGACUCUUGAACAUCUUACACCAGAGACAUUCCAGAAAACUAUGCGUCACAUCAGGAAGUGUCAAAGUGAACUCAACAAAGCUGACCUACAACAUGUACAUGAUAAACACAUUGUGUCUGAAUUGCAACUUACUGCUGAUCUUAUGCUCUUGGCAUGCAGAAUUGGGAGAUCACUGGUGCACAUAGGAAAACGUCCAUCUGGAGAUGCAGGCUGUGCUGUCAUAAACCUAGGAGUAGCUAACCUACCAGCAACUACUAAAACAGAUCUUGCUAAUAGAUUAUUGGGCCUUAUAGAGCAGUACAAAACACUGUGGACAGAACACUACUUAGAUAUUGGCCUCAAGGAAUCCCUAGUUUUAUUAUCUGCCAUAUUAAAACAGUGCAUACCCAACCAGGCAGACAUGCCAGCAGCACAUACUAAACACUAACCAGAAAUAACCAUUCUGAAAUCUGAAGGCUUUUUUAGUUCAUAGAUGGGAUAACCAAGGAUUACAUGUAAUGGAUAACUUGUAUUUUCAAUUUGUGCCAAAUUUUAUAUUUGAAUGGCUUGGAAUGUGUUUUUGAAUCAUUUGGAGCAUUUUCUAUCUUGAGGAUGACUGGAACUAUACCUUCAUUUUACAGUUAAUGUUUGACCAAUCACAGAGCUGACUGCAUAGCUCCUCUUGCGAUAUCUUUAAAACAUUUAGAUAUUAAUGAUCGACUUCGAUUUGCUUAGUGAAUCAAGAGUUUUAUCAUUAAUUUAAAAAGUGUGGGACAUUAGGUAGCUCAGUCUUGCCAGGGGUUGUUAUCCUCUUUGGUAUUUCCUCCUAUGUUGGCACAGGAACAUCAGAUUAAAAAUCUAGAGGGUGUAGAAAUUUUAGUAAAAGUGGGACUUUGUAAAAGCUGGGCUUUCAUUUUUAUGUCACCACCAUAAUAAGUGGUGGCAUAUUGUAACCUGUAUAGUCUCCAACUUUUU